AUGGCGGAACCACAGCAGCAGAACAGCCACCAGAGCAAGCUGGCAUUUUCGUACAGUCUGGUCGGCAUCAAGGCCCCAGACAAACCCGACCACCAACUCCUUCGUGUCGAGAAAUUUAGUAGCACCGCGUAUUCGGGCGAGCGAAUUGCCGAGAACACCCUCACUGUCACUCCAGAGGAGACAAAGACAAAUGUCGACAACGUGACGUGCACCGGCCUUUGGGUCGGCGUGCGUCCACAUCGGGCCGCUGUGCUCAGACAGCAGAAAUCAGCUUCUGUCGGCGAUGAUCCCGUCACCCAGGCCGCCCUGGAUGUCCUCAAGAAGAUCGACAAGCCAUUCAAAGCUUCAGUGAACUCGGUGGUGGCGCUCGACGUUCUCCCGGUCUGGCCACAUGAGGAAUUCAUGACCAAAGUUGUCGCCGGCAAAAUCCUUUACUAUGAAUUGGUCAACCGCAAUCCGCAGAGUAAGUUAUGUCAAGCUAUCCCUGUUACCGCGGAAGACGUCUUCUUCUUCCAGCCUUACCGCGACGAUGACCAGGGUCAAAUCGGAAAGAGAAUCAAGGAGUGGCCAAACGAGAUCAAGAACUACUUGGCCGAGACACUUCAAGCUUCCAUGGAUCAAGGUGGCUUCCGCCCUGCCAAGUCAACCGCACGGGUUCAGUUCCCUCCCGAGAUCAGCCAGGCCCUAGACAUUCAGUCCAUGUCUUCUCAGUACGCGGUCACGGGCGCCUCUUGGCUUCUAGAUGAGAUGGAAAGAGCGCUUCUGAAGUCUGAGGAGGACUUCAAGGACGCUGACAUCCCCCAACUUAUCGCAAUGUAUCGUCUGAUGAACCUGCAUCACAAGUUCGAGAAAGAAGACGCCAAAGAGGCACACCGCUGGCUCACGGACAUGUUUCCUGGCCUAGUGAAGACCGGCACAUUGACACCCGAGAACGUCUCCAAAUACGCAAAUUAUCUCCGGGAUACGGAAACCCGCGUAACUUACGGCGACAUCCGCACAGGCUUGGGGGCGUACCUCUUUCUGCAGUAUAUUAUACAACACAGCAAGACACUUGAUACAACUACCAACUCUGCGAUCAGCAAAGAGAUUGCGCUGAUGCGCCCUUUCUUCCACGAAGAAGCCCAGGGACCGCCUCCGAAAUGCACAAAGGUGGACACAAACCUGGAGCUCUGGUUGAGCGACCACAUUCGGCUGCUGCAGCGCAUUGUGGACGCACACAACGACUCUCUGACAGGUAUCGUCGAUUACCACGGUACGGCCGCGUCUCCCGACAACUUGGAUGACCUCUGGGAGGCUGCCGGCAACUCCCCUGAUACCGACGGAGCCAAGUUCUUCGCCUUGCAGGCCAGCCGGUUCUUCGCCAAGGAGGUGAUUGCGAAGUACAACGUCACGACCAAGAACCUCGAGAUCUACAUCAACAUGUGUAAGAAGGCGGUCAAGGAUCUCAAAGCUGCCGCGGGCGACGGACCCGUUGACGAAGAGGAUACAGAUGCCGAGAUGCAAGAUGAUUGA